CUACGUUUUGUAUUCGACUACUAAGUUAUUGUCGUCUAUAUCGGCAGAUCGAAAGCUUUUGGUCAUGGUUUUGGUUUCUAUAGAUUAUGUAUAGUAUACUAGCUUCAACAAAUCUUUGACAGUACAUACUUAUAUACUUCAAACAUUAUCGAUAGGAAAGUACUGAUAAACAUUCUUGUUAAUAAAUAAUAUUUACUGUGAACUAGUAUAUUUAUGAUUGAAUUUGAACGUCACAGUUUUAUCUGGCAAUGCCCACUGUUUAUGUCAAGAAUUUUAAAGCGGGUAUUUGAUUUUGAACAAUUUGAAGGAAAUGUGCGAAAAGAGAAAGGAUUGCGCUAGGCAAUAUGUUGUCGAUGAAAAUAUUUGGAACUCUUCAUCUUCUAGUGCUUCGGAAAAAGCAGCGGCAUGGCGACGGCAGCUUAUUUUAUUACAAGAUCCAGAACAUAAUUUGCCAAAAACUGAAGUCUACGCACUACUACAACAUCAUUAUGCUCGUUUGAAUUCUAACACCCUAGACGAAUAUAAGAAGCAACGUGUGGAUUCGGUAAAAUCGCUUUUGAAAAAGAAUAAUCACAUUCCCCUGUCCAAGGAUUAUAAGAAAAAUAUUUACGUAUUUGAAGACUCAGAUUUUGAGUCUUCAUGUAGCGGUGUUUAUGAAAGUUGUAAAAAAAUGGAAGUAACUGACGAUGAUUUGAGGCGUUUGCAAAAUUCAAGUUACAGAGAAAAACCUGAAACACUCUGUAAUCAGAAUGAAGACGUAUAUCCGAGAAAAAGUGCAUUAAGCUUUGGACAUCAACAAACCCAACCUAAACUUAUUGAAAGUGUUGAGGCAUCGAACAAUAAAAUUACAAAAGAAUUCCUAAGCUGUGGAAAAGCCAACAUUAAAGAACAACAACCGUCUAUUGGAGAAAACCAAUUUCGAACAGCUCGAGAAAUACUAUUGACUAAAACUAUUCAAAAAGCAAAUACUAAUGACAGCAACAGUGGCGACAAUGAUUUAAAAGACAUGCUAAAUCCUCCUAAGAAAGCAGAAGUACCAAUGUAUUUUAAUUAUGGCAUAACAAAAAAGGUUUUGGGCUCUCGUAGGACAAUGAAGUCAGGAUUUGUUUCACCAGUAGCAAAAGACAGUAUGAAUUCAUCACCGCAUCAUACCCAAUCACCACCACUGAAUUCAACCCCUGAAGACAUUGAUGAGAGACUUAAAAAUAUAGAUUCAAAAAUGGUUGAUCUAAUUAAAAAUGAAAUAAUGCACAAAUAUAAGAACAUGGAUUGGGAUGAUAUCGCUGGUUUAGAAUACGUAAAAUCGAUUAUUAAAGAAGCUGUAGUCUACCCCUUACUGCGGCCUGAUAUAUUUACUGGUUUACGUCGUCCUCCUCGUGGUAUAUUGCUUUUUGGACCUCCAGGCACGGGAAAAACGCUUAUUGGUAAAUGCAUUGCUUCUCAAUCGCAGUCAACAUUUUUUAGUAUUAGCUCCUCUGCUUUGACAUCAAAAUGGGUUGGUGAAGGGGAAAAAAUGGUGAGAGCGCUAUUUGCCGUGGCUGCUGUUUAUCAACCGUCGGUAGUAUUUAUCGAUGAGGUAGAUUCUCUUUUGUCAAAACGCUCAGAAUCUGAACAUGAUAGCUCACGUAAAUUAAAAAACGAGUUUUUGGUGCAAUUGGAUGGUGCUGCAACGAAUGAUGAAGAUCGGGUGCUUAUUGUGGGCGCUACUAAUAGGCCACAGGAGUUAGAUGAUGCCGCACGAAGGCGCUUUGCCCGACGUUUAUACAUUCCCCUUCCGGAAAUAAGUGCUCGAAAACAAAUUCUAAAAAAUCUGUUGGGAACUGUAUGUAAUGAUUUAGAUGAAAGUAAUAUACAGGAAGUUGGAAAUCAAACUAAGGGGUACUCCGGUGCAGACAUGGAUAUUCUUUGCCGUGAAGCUUCCAUGGAGCCAUUGCGUUCAAUACCACCGGACCAGAUUCCCCAUAUAGUAAAAGAUAAUGUGCGCCCAGUAAAUAUCGACGAUUUUAUGUCAGCUUUGCAAAGUGUGCGCCCGAGCGUGUCAAAAGAUGACUUAGCUCAAUAUAUAGAGUGGAAUAAAGAAUACGGCGCAUUUCGACAAUUAAAAUAACAAUUCUGGCUAUCUGGUUGACUAAAAUAAUAUGUAAAUGAACACAAAUAAAUAUUUCCUACUUAGUGUGCAAAAAGUUAUGCGUUAUUAAUGUUAAAUAAAAUUUACAAGGAGUCUAAAACUCCAGAACACCUGCUAAAUGCAUAGCAGUUUGCGGGCGCAUAAAAGCCCUGGAAUCGAUGUUUCCAAAUAGGGAUCACAUUGCACCUAAGAGUAUAUUAAAAUGUAACAAUAUGCUGGUGGUUAUAGAUUGAAAAUUCUAUUCCCUCAACUCAAGAAAAAAUAGUAAUGCUAAAUCUUUUGCA